AUGGUGUCCGAAUAUAUAUCACAGAAAGUCUUGAUGUAUGAGCCCACUGAGGAGGAAAUUAAAUUCCACCACAAGAAUCAGCACAAAAGCUUAAGGUACAUUUUCUGUGGCAAAGAAUUGGAUGAGUUCGAAAAGGAGAAAAUACAGGAACUAAAGGAUCAUGUAAAUAAUUUAAAAAAAAAAGAGAAGGAUGUACAAGGGGGGGAAACCUAUGAGUCUCAUUUCAAAAAUACCAUUUUUGCGGAUGAUAAUUAUGUGCUCCGCUUUCUGCAAGGAAACGAAUUCAAUUUUGAAAAAUGCUACUACGACAUGAUAAGGCACUUGGAGUGGCGACAUGAGAAUCUCCCUGUGAAGUACGAAGAAGUGCAGGAUAUGUUGAAAAAGGGAUAUAUAUACGUUCACGGGAGGGAUAAACAAAUGCACCCCAUAAUUAUUAUCAACUGUAAAAACUUCAUUUCUGCCGAUACGAAAGACGUUUUGAAGGUGGCAUACUACUGGAUGGAAUUCAUUAUAUCUAAUUUAUUCAUCGAAGGAAAAAUAGAACAAUGGAGAGUCGUAAUUGACUUGUCUUCCUGUGGCGUGCUGAAUAUCCCCAUCGGGACGUUAAAGGAUAUUUCCAAGUGCCUCAGUUGUAAUUACCGGUCGAGGUUAUCUAAGAUGUUAGUCCUGAGCGCCCCUCUUUUUGUAACGGGCAUGUGGCAUAUGUUGAAAUCAAUUAUUCCGGUCGUAACUCAGCAAAAGAUAACAAUCUCUUCAUCGGAGAUAGAUAAACGACUCCUGGAGCAAGUGGACCUGGACCAAUUAGAGAAAAAAUUCGGAGGAACCUGCGAAAAUGUUACCGUCUUCACCAAACCAAUCAUGCCAUAA